GUGCGGCUGCCGAAACUUGGGCGAGGCGCUGCGUCGCAUCGCCGAAGGCGCCAGCAUGAUCCGCACGAAGGGCGAGGCCGGAACCGGCGACGUCGUGGAGGCGGUGCGCCACAUCCGCACGCUGCACAAGGAGAUGCGGAUGGUGCAGAUGAUGGAUGACGACGAGCUCUUCACCUACGCCAAGGAGAUUGGUGCUCCCAUCGACCUUCUGCAGCAGGUCAAGAAAACUGGAAAACUGCCAGUUGUGAACUUCGCGGCCGGUGGGGUUGCCACUCCAGCAGAUGCUGCCUUGUGCAUGCAGCUUGGUGUCGAUGGCGUGUUCGUGGGUAGUGGCAUCUUCAAGUCGUCCGAUCCCGCCAAGCGUGCCCGGGCCAUCGUGAAGGCCGUCACGCACUACAACGAUGCUCAGGUGGUGGCCGAGGUCUCGGAGGAUCUGGGAGAGGCAAUGACGGGUAUCAACUGCGAUGGCCUCGCCACACGCUUUGCGGACAGGGAGGGCGGCAACAUGCCUUCGGCCAAGAAGGCCAGGACUGAGUCCUACGGAGACCACAAAGGCCUCGCAGGCACGGCUUUCUGA